AUGCAACCGAAAGGGGGCGGCACGGCGGGGUUGGGAGCCUCCGCGCAGGUUGCGCCUGCGACAGGCGCCGCCGCGACUGUUGGCGCAUCUGGCGGCGGUGGAACGGCGGGAACCGUAGGCGGAAGCAAGGCGAAGGGGACGAAACGUAAGGGAUGGGGUGUGAGUGAGAGGGCAUGCGGUGUGAGUGAGAAGCAUGCGGCGCGAAUAUCUGAAGAAUAUAUCCUUUCACCCUGUCUUCUUCUAUUCUCUCACUUCACACUCGCCCUCCCUCUCCCUUCCACCCCCACUUGUUCCCCACCCCUUGCCCAUCUGCCAGCCUUCAAUGCGCCAGGCGGAGCAGCAGGCCGGGCGCAGCGAGCUCAAGAAGACGUCCAAAGCAGAUGUGCUUUCAUCCUCUCUUCCUUCCAUUCUCGCACUGCACACACACACAACCCCCCUCACCCCCCCAUCCCACCCCUGUUUGCUUUGCCCGCCCUCGCUCUCUUCCCGCAGGCGGAGCAGCAGGCGGGGCGGCAGCAGCUCGGCCCAAGAAGAUGUCCAAAGCAGCGGCAGCAGCAGCUGCUGCUGCGGCUCAGAAGCAGGCGGCAGGUGGGUGGCACUGGGCCCUCACUUGCCUCCCUCCCUCCUUUCCCUUUUUCCUCUGUGCCCUGCAUGCAUCUUGGUGCGUCUGACACCCCUCCUGCCACGGGAUCAGCACAUGCUGCCAAGCCAGACAACAGCCUUUGCAAGCCAGCAGCGCCGAAGAAGAAGGCGAGUGCGUCGCGGCGCAGCACCUUCGACUUCAUUCUCAAACAGUGCAAGCCGCUGCGCAAGGACCAGCAGCCGCCAGCGACAGGAAUGCAGCAUGCGCGGCACGAGGCGAGGCUGAGGGGCGUGCUGGGGGCGCUCUUCUGGGAGGCCAGCUCACGCGCCAUCACCAACCAGAGCACCCCCUCCCCCUCCCCCGCCGCCCUCCCCCUCUCCUCCCACCCCACGCCCUCACCCUCGUCCCUCCCCCCUACCCCCUCCUCCACUGCCCCGACUCUCCCCGCCUCCUCCCUCUCCUUCUUUCCUGCCACUGCUGCCCACUCCGGUCUCGCCUCUCAGCCGUCGUCUCUGUCGCAGAGUGCCGUGCCCCUUGCCCCGCCCUCCUCCUCCUUGCUUGACCCCCUCUCGUUGCAUAAGUUCUCCGAGAUUUCGGGCUCAGGCUUGGGGCUGCAAGGCUUCCAGACAUUGCAGGGAGGCUUGGGAGCGUCUGGUUUGGCAGGAGGGGGAGGGGGAGGGGGAGGGGGGGGCAGUGGGGGGGGGAGGAUGAGGGGAAUGGCAGGGGGAGGCAUGGGUGGGGGUUCUGGGGGAGGAGGGGAAGGGGAAGGGGGUGUGGGGGGAGCAGCAGGGGCGGGUAUGGGCGGGAUGGGCGGAUUUGGGGGUGCGUUCAACGCGAGUGGAGGUGGGGUGAACUCAGGAACGGCAGGAGGCAGGGGGGUGGGUGGGAUGGGGGCAACGGGUGGUGUUGGAGGGAUGGGAGGAGGCAGUCGUGUGGAUACAUCAUUCUCUUCGCCCCCUGCCUCUGCAUCGAAUGCGCUCUCCCAGUUCUCCUCCCCUUCUGCUGCUGCGCUGCCUGCUGCUAUGGCUGCAACAACCACCGCUAUGGGUGCGGGUAUGGGUGCAGGGAUGAGUGCAGGCAUGUCUUUUGACUCGACUCAAAAGGGCAUGGGUGCGGGCAUGGUUUUGGCCAUGGGUUCAAAUAUGGGUGCUGGCAUGGCAGCAGGCAUGGGUAGUGGUGUGGGCAGUGCAGGUGGUGCGGGUGGUGGUGGUGGCAGUGGUGGCGGUGGUGGCAUGUCAUCGAGCAGUGCAGGCGGCAGCGAGGGUGAGGCGGCAGGGAAGGCGAUGAAGGGCCUUCCAAGCCCGCGAGGCGUGGGCGAGAAGCAGAGCAGCCUGCGAGAUGGGGUUCAGGGGCAGCAGCAGACGGUGCACUCGCCUCAGCAGCUGGCUCAGCUGGCCGCGCACCUGCAGCACAUGUUCCAGCAGCCACACCAGCUGCAGCAGCAGCAAGGGGGGGUAGGGGGAGGCGGAAGGGCGAUGGGGGGUGCAGGCGGGGCGGGGGGGCAGCUGCAGGCGCCUGGGGAGAUGCUUGUGCAGCAGCAGCGGCAGCAGCUGGCAGGACCCAUGGGGCAGGAGGGGCGAGGGAUGGACCGAGGCACAGGGCAGCAGGGGCAGGCGCAGGGGCAGGGGCAGGGGCAGGGGCAGGGGCAGGGGCAGGGGAUGGCAGGAAUGGGGGGAAUGGGAGGAAUGGGAGGAAUGGGAGGAAUGGGAAUGGGCAACAUGGGAGGGAUGGGAGGGAUGGGGGGCAUGGGGGCGAUGGGAGGUGCAGUGCAGGGAAUGGGAGCAGCCACUGCUGGUGGGGGGAGAGCGGGUUCUUUCCAAGGCCAAGGACCAAUGGCAUCGUCUCAAAUGCCCACCCACAUGAGGGGCUUGCCACCACAUGCCAUGCAGCAGCAGCCGCAGCAGCAGCAGCAAUACAGUCAGCAGCACCAGGAGCAGCAGCAGCUGCAGCAGCAGUGGGCAUCUGGCCAGCCAGGGGGUGCGGGGCGGGCAGGUGGAGCCGGGGGGAUGCAGCAGCAGCAGCAGCAACAGGCGGGACAAGGCCAAGGGCAAGCAGCGGGGCGGAGUGGGUCAGGAGGGGCAGGCAUGGAUGAGCCCUUCCCUGCAGACCACCCCUCGCAGCGCAUGGGCAUGCAACAGCAUGCGCCCUUCCAUGCCCCCUCCCACAUGCCCUCUGCUGCUGCUUCCGGUCAAGGCAUGGGCAUGGGCAUGGGAGGAGCAGCGGGCAUGGGCAUGGGGGGAGCAGCGGGCAUGGGCAUGGGGGGAGGGUCGUCACUGCUGGCGGGGAUCCCAGACUCAUCUCUCGUGUCGUCCUUUGGGGGCAUGGGUGGGGCAGGGGGGGGGAUGAGGGGCAUGGAGGGCAUGGGAGCGAUGGGGGGAGCGGGAGGGGGUGUGGGGGGUGGUGAUGGGGUUGGAGGGGCAGGUGGGCGUGGUGGUGGUGCUGGCGGUGGUGCUGCAGGAUUGGAUGAGGCAGCUAUGUUUGCAGGAGAGGAUGAUUAUGGGGAUUUGCCUUGA